UUUGCUUAGCUAGAGACAUCAGUUGACUCCUGUGAUCGGUACAGAAAUGCUGGUGUGAGCUCUUCAGGAGACAAUGGGGAGAAAGAUGACGUAUGGUGUUGUUUACUCCAUCAUCCAGAUACAGUUUUUCAGGGAAGUAUGGAGUGAGAAAAUCAGUGCAAGAGAAGACAUAUAUGUUCUCCCUGGUUCUGAUGUCAACUUGACCUGCCAAACAAAGGAGAAAGACUUCUUCAUACAGAUGCAAUGGUCCAGGGUCACAGAUACAAAUGACCUGAUUGCUGUUCAUCAUGCCUAAUAUGGCCUAAUAUGGCAUGCCUGUCGUUCCCUGGCGGCUUCCAUAGAAACUCUGAAGAAUAUGACAAAAUGGACUCUGUCUCUAAGGAAUAUCUCUUCCACCCUCAGUGGAAAGUAUGAAUGCGGCAUUACUCUGUUUCCAGAAGGCAUCCAGAUUGUGGUCUACAACCUCAUUGUGGAACCCAAUGAGUAUAACCUAGCCAGGAAAGAAUAUUUGCACGAUGAACACAACCGUACAAUAGAAAUAGAGACGAGUAGCCAGACUCUGGAAAUACCAUGCUUUCAAAAGACCUCCUCAGAAAUUUCACCUGGGUUCACCUUUUCACGGUUGGUGGAGAAAGAUGGCGUCCAAGAAGUUCUCUUCACCGACGAUCACCACAUCAGCCAUUCCAUGUCAUUUAAAGGCAGAGUCUGCCUGGGUACAGACUAUGGACUCCAUCUCUCCCCAGUCCAAGUCCAAGAUGAUGGCAGGACAUUCUUCUGCCACCUGACAGUCAGUCCUCUCAAAGUCAGGAAGACCUCCACCACAGUCAAGGUGUUUGCUAAGCCAGAAAGCCCCGUGAUCAUGGAAACUACCACCAUGGAUGUCUUAGGCGAGGGAGUAUUUACCUGCCUCCUGAAGAAUGUGUUUCCCAAGGCAAACAUCACCUGGUUAAUUGAUGGAAGGUUUCUUCAAGGCGAUGAAGAAGGAAUGUACAUUACGAAUGAAGAGAAAAGUGGCACAAGUGGAUUUCGGGAACUGAAGUCAGUUUUAACGAGGAUGCAUGGUAGCAGACCAGCUCAAUCAAAGAACAUGACAAUUCAGUGUAUGGCUCAGUCACCAGGACCCAGGAAUAAAAUGUGGACUACUUCAUCACAAGCCAUCACAUUUUCCUUGGAUUUUGUGAUUGCCACAAUGGAACAUGUAGCCAGUGUGACAGGAUCUACGCUGGGUACACAAGCUUUUCCAAAUGACAAAGUAUCUCCUACAAGAUAUCCAGCUACAUCUUCAGUGACCAUUGCAGAUGGGAAUGUGUCAACAGCAGACACAACUCCUCAAACCAGCGAUUCCAGCACGACUAUUAAAGGCUUCACCUCUUCCCAGAAUUCCAGCGGGACAGAUGCAAAAAACUCAGUUUCGUGGACACCCAGUGAGAUGCACACUUCUGCCACUUUAAAUGCAAGCUUAGCUCCUCACGAUGUCAUCACCAGUACAACCAAAGGAUCCCCAGAUGUUCCUACAACUGAAAAUAGAACUACUAGAAUUAACCACAACCCUAUUACCAGUAUUACAGUUAGUAAACCUCAAGAGGGAAUGUCCUGGCCUGUGAUUGUAAUGGCUUUGCUCUUUUCCUGUGCACUAUUGUUUGGACUUAGAGUAAGAAAAUGGUGCCAAUAUCAAAAGGAAAUCAUGGAAAGACCCCCACCACCACCACCUUUCAAGCCACUGCCACCUCCCAUCAAGUACACCUUUGCCAAGAUUGUGAACCUCUCUGACUUCUGCCACAUUCCCUGA